ACAUUCACUUUUUUAUUCGAUAAUCCUGACGAUGACAUCAUUGAAUUUCUCGUUGAAGAUACAAUCAAUUUUGUAGCUUUCAUAGAAAAUAAUGAAAAUCCGCCAUUUAAUCAAUUUCCGAUUUCUAUUGGCGUCAAGUUAGUAAUCAAAAUUUAG